AUGUUUGCAUGAACUUACUGAGAUUAAGAAGAAGUUUUCUUAGUUAGUCAUGUAUUGACUUCCACCACACACACACACAUAAACACACACACGCACACACACAUUUAUGGUCAGAAUGUAGUAACAGAUGUUUCAAAGUCAAAAUCAAUAACGCAUAAAUAUCUAUAUCAAAGGAUCCAUGUCCUGUUCGGCGCACAACAGCUGCUGCAGAUUCAACCUCAGCCAACCCAGUUUGAAGGACUGUUUACGUAGCUUUACAAAACACGAAGUCUCUGCCGAACGAUUCCGAAAUACUUUGACGAGUUCUUCACUUUCUGAACCACACCUGGAUGUAAAUGCGACGCUAAUUAAUUCCAGAAUGUCUCACGGAAAUAAGGCAGUUGAUUCUGAGAUUCUGAGAUCAGGAAUUGCUCAACUAACAGGUGCAACUGAUAUAGAUGGAAGAUGCGUUGUCACAUUCCCAGUUGCCAGUGUUAAUCUCCUGGAUUCCUUCACCUCAAAUAGACUUGCACACCUUCUGGAGUAUUACUGUAGCUUAAUGUUACCUGUUGACCAGGUGAAAGGAUUCUCCAUUCUCAUCUGCUUACAACAUGCCACUCACCCAGGAAUACAAAUGUGGUUGCAAGCCAUGGAGAGUGUCCAGAAAACCACGUCUGACAGCAUCAAUGUCGUCUAUUUGAUCAAACCAAAGAUGAAAGACAAUUCCCGUUUGUUGAAGAAGCAGUUGGGUCUGAAAGCCAAGUAUUCUUCAGCUGUUUCUGUUCUAUUCAAGGUUGUCUGGUUGGAGAAAAUAAAAGAAGUCUAUAGCUACAUUGAUCCAUCCCAAUUAACCGAAGACUACGGAGGGUUCUUGAAAUACUCCCACAAAGCUUGGUAUCUUUAUCAAAUGACUGUUGGAGAUCUUUUAACGAAAUCCCAUCAACUGGAGAAAAAAAUUCCAACAGCUAAAGACCAACUGCAACUGUUGACCGAGUAUGAUAUUAAAGGCCGAGACAGUGCGGAACUGAAGUCACUUGUUCAGCAGCUUGAAGAGAAAUUCCAUGGAAUAAUGAAGAACUUAAACAUGGAAACAAUUAUUGACAAAUGCAAGAACACAAUUGCCUCCAUGGAACAUCCUGAAACAGAUUCGGUUUUGUCUCAGAUCUCUUCGUCCAUUCUGGUUUCUUCCAAAGCUGAACUUCUCCGACUUCACAACUAUUUCCUGCAGAGUAAACAAAGCAUGUCAAGAAUUUGGGAAGUUCUAAAUGACCAAAUCCAAAGAAUUCUUCAGAUUGAGCAAUGCCAGGAAGAUGCCACCAAACUUUGUGAUGAAAUAAAGAAAUACGAAGAACUGAUGGACGAACAUGUAAAGCCUUGCAGAUCCCAGGCUGAAGUCGAAGCAUGUUUCAACCAUUUCCAAUCAUCAUUGUACACACCGGCCAAAGAAAUCAUGGAGAAAGCCACGUUUAUCUUGCAGACGAUUCAGUCUUGCAAAUCCGACGACCGUCCUCAAUUCACUUCUGAAUUUCUCUCUCAGUUCACGUAUUGUGUGAAAACUUUUGCAAACAGACUGGAAGAUAUUCACCAUCAAUAUGGCGACAUGCAGCAGUUCUUUCUUGUGUUGCGAAAGUGUAUCGCCUGGUACCAAAAAGUUCUUAUGUUUCUACCAAUGUCUCUCAGACGUAAAUUAAAAAGAAUCCGUAAAACGGCUGCGACAUACACAGAUUCGUCUUCCGAAUCCAUUUCUUCCUUGUCAUCAGCUUCUUCUAGCCAAUGGAACAAUAAACUAAUCCCAAUUCCACAGAACUGGGCACAAAUUGUCUCUAACAUUCACAGCCACUACCCCAGUCCAAAGAAAGAACACAUAAUGAUUUUAAAUGAAUUGGCACCUAAAGGCAUUGGAAGUGAAAUACAAGCAAAAUCUUCUCUUUUAUUCUUCAGGAUUCAAGUUUUAUUGAAGCUGCUUCAAAAAUCCAUCUUUCGGGGUUAUGAAUUAAAUCUAGCUCUAAAGUGGAAGGCGGCUCUCAUGAAGGACAAAGACGACAUUGUGAAUGAUGUUGCAUGGAGAAAAUCUUCGGAAUUUUCAGAAAAACACCCAACCGUUAUUCCAAAGACAGAAAGCAGUCCAAACCAGAAAUCUUCUGUUGAUACCCCAAUAAAUGGUGUAACAGAACCAGAGAUCAUUAAAACAGAAGUUAUAAAACCAAAUAUUUCCAAAACAAAUGCCUUCGCACAAGAUGUCUCCAAAAUUGAUGUCACAGCAUCAGAUAUAUCUCAGAAAAAUGUCUCGGCAUCAGCUUUACCCAAACCAGAAGUUAUUGUAUCUGAUGUGGGGAGUCGAGAUGUAAAAACGCAAAGAGAAAAGGGUUCCAGUGACCCACCUGAUUAUAAAACAGUUGUGCAAACAAUGUAUCCCACAUCCGAUGGAGAUGAGGAAUAUUUCGUGUCUCUUUCUUUCUCUUCUGAAGUGGAUUCUUCUUCAGCAGCAUCUCAAGAUGAAGACACACCAGAUUUAUCACCAAGAUUUACUGAAAUUUUACCCCCUGUGAAGCAUUUUCCAUUGCACCAGACACUAAAUGCAAAAUCUUUCAGACCAAAGUCAAGAACCAAAAAAAAUAAUGUUCUACCAAACAACUUAAAGAAAUCUAAAAAGUUUGUUUCGAUGCCAUCUUCUUUAGCAAAUGGUUUUGAUACAAACAAUGACUCACUCCACAGUGCUGAUUCUGCAUCGAAUCUCUGUUAUUCUUCAAACAGUUCUAUUAAAAGACAAAUAUUCCAUGAUGCGAUUGUGAAGCAAAUCCGGGAAGUGACUUUGAGUAACAUUCCUGCAGAUUCAAAAAUAGACAUUGUUUCCAGUCUUUUGAACAAACAUCAACCAAAUAGUAGCAGUAUGAGUAGCAGCAGCAGUCAUAGAAGUCGCAAGACGUGGCACCAGAAUACUUUGAGCAGUGAUAUUAGCAGUGAUGAAGAUUGUAACUUAAACGGAAGGGAACCACUUCCCAAUAUGACCCUUCACUACAGAUCUUUACCCAGAGUUUACCAAAACCCAUCCAAUUCCAAUAUGUUAUCUUCUGUUACUGGCAACAGAGCAAAACCUAAAAGAAUGAAAUUUCCAAAGACCAAAUUAAUUAACGAUGGAAAUAUUAUGUUAAGGAAGCAAUAUUCUAAAUCACUAAUGAAUCUACAGAGUUAUAACGAUGAUCACCUGGCCGAUGAUGACCUGGCUGAUGAUAACCUGGCCGAUGAUGACCUGGCUGAUGAUGACCUGGCCGAUGAUGACCUGGCCGAUGAUGACCUGGCCGAUGACACAGCCCCGCUUCUGCAGAACUCUAACACCGAAACCAGUUUAAAUGCCAUAGAAGAAGAACUAAACCAAGUUACCCUCCAAGAAACCCGUGCAGCGAAAUCUUGUGAUUUUCCUGGAAAUGAGAGACAAAUGUUACUUUCAUCAUCUCCUAGAGACAACAGUGAUUACAUUAAUCAGUGGAUUAAUUGCAGUUGUAGCCCAACUGGCACUGAUCUUACCGAUGACUUGGCACCAUCUAAUUCACUCUCUGACACUGGAUAUACGUCAAACAGGUGUGUGAAUCUGUGAUGAAGGGUUUUUUGUGGUCUGGUGAUGUCUUGGAUUUGGCGAAAGAGGAUAACAUACGUGUUUUGGAACUGCCAUACUUUAAUGUGAAAACAACGGCUGCAAUCUACAAAGUGAUACAUAAAAAGGGAUUGAAUACACAGCUGGCACACUCCAUCUAGACCGUUUCUGAGGAGGUCCCUAAUGAAAAACAGACCAAUACACAACAACGCCAAAUGCACAUUGUUCAACAAAGAAACCAUAUCUAUGUACUCCUAUGUAAUGCAUAAAAUCACAUGUAGUGUAUACAAUGAGGCCAACAAGAACAUAUUCAGCUUAAAGAACACCACCGUACUGAUACUUCUUCCAAAAACCACCUUCAGGUAUUCCAUACUCAAGACAUGUAAGUCUCAAUUGACACCACAGAAUAAAACAUUGGGAACCUGAGAAUAAAAGAAGCCAUCAUCAUUAACAUAACCAAAUCCUAUAUUAACAACAGAAUCAAGCUACACACAGCUGAUUGGCUUUUAUAACAAUGGCUACCAUGCACAUGCAAAGCACUACUCCGCCCCCCCCCUCUAUAUAUGUACACUCACACUACAGAGCAGAAAAUCUAGCUCGCAACACCAAAUAUCCAAUUUCUUUUAGGUGAAAAAUGGGGUCUUAGCCAUGAAAUGUCAAAAUAUAAGAAAAUAUUGCAAACCAUUGACUGAUCUUCUUCUACUCCUCAUUCUCUUUAUUCUUCCUGUUCUUCUCAUUAUCUUCUUUCUUAUAUUUAGUAUUAUUAUUGUCUUUAUCUUAUCUGCCAUUUCACCAUUUUUCUUCAUAUCUUUUAAUUAUUGUUUCCUUCUAAUAUAAGCAAUAUUCAACACUUGACCAUUACACAAUAUAAGAAUGCACAUUUUGAUGCAAAUCUGAUAAAGUGCUAACGAAAUCCACUACAAAUAUUAUCUUUUAUCUUUAAGUAUUUACUGGUUUCAGCCUGAGGUUGAGGCCAUGCUGGAUCACCUCCUUUCAGUAUGAUUAGGUUUCUUUUCUGAAGCGAGUUGUUUGUACUUCCUGCUGUGAUGUGAAUUCAUCUGGUAUCUCAGAUAAAAAUUUGUCCAGAUGCUUUUUAAAGACCUUCACAUCUUCACCUGGCAAAUCUCAAAGACUGUUUAGCAGAAUUUUGAAUAGUUGUGAACCCUUAAAAGCCAAGAUGUUAUAGUACUGGGUUCUUAUUCUAGAUUGAGAUGAUGGAAGCUUUGGUACUAUGCAGUGCUGUCCAGCUCGGCAGUUGGUACAGCUUUCAAUUCCAAAGAUGCGAGCUGGAUCAUCUGGGAUCUACCAAAUGUAUAUCACUGCUUAUCUUUCACACCUUCUCUCUACAAAGUAGAGCUUCAGUUCUUUUAGCCUCUUCCAGUAGCCUUAUAUGUCUCAUUGAAUCAAUCAUCUUUGUGUAGUGGCACUGGAUUGCCUCAAGUUCCACCAACAGUCUGAUGCUCUGCAGUGACCAUUGUACUGGUACCAAAAAUAGAGUAAUCCAAAAACAACUGCAACUAGUAAUAAAGAUCUGCUAAACUC